CCUUCCCUUCCCCUCCCCUCCCGGCCCAUGUCACGAGCAGCUCUCCGUCCAUUCCACCCCACUUCUCUCUCUCUCUCUCUCUCUCUUUGUCUGUAGCGCCACCACCCUCCAUUAUCUAUCCAAUCUUCCGCCCUCUCAGUCAGUCAUUCAUUCAUCUUAUAAUUCUUACCCACAGGCCAGAGCCAGCCAGACUCUCCUCCCUAUUACUUAAAUUCCCCACCAAUUUAAUAUUCUUCUUCUUCUUUUUCAACUCUGCUUCUUGCUGUUUGUUUUGAUCUGACUCCAUGUAAUUUCUACUCAUAAUUGUCCUCUCUCUCUCUCUCUCAUUCAUUCAUUAUUAUAACUUCUGGUUCUUCUUGUUAGUUUGUAUAAUUAAUUAUUCCAUUGACGCUCUUCAUCAUCGCACUAUGACCCGGCUCUUCCGAUCCAAGUCCUGCGGGGUCGCCAGGACCUCGGCUUCCAUGUUCAACUCCAACUCCUCCUCCUCCCCUCCCAAUAAUUCGUCUCUCAAGUAUCUUCCCGCCCGCCCCAAAGAAGAUGAGAACGACGAUGAUGAUGAAGAAGAGGGCGACGACGACGAUUCCGGCAGCCCUGUUACGACGCCGUUUAUCAUCAUAAGCCCCGAGCGUCGUAGUAGUGGCGGCGGCGGUAGUAGGCAGCAGAGCCAGCAAUUGGCGAUACUGGGCAUAUUGGCGACGGCUCUGAAGAAGUCUCUGGUGACUUGCAGCGUAGAGAGAGAUGACGUGGCCUCCUCCAUGGAUAUCGGCUGUCCAACCGAUGUCCGCCACGUCUCUCACGUCACUUUCGACCGCUUCAAUGGCUUCCUUGGUUUGCCCCUUGAGCUCCAGCCCCAGCUUCCUCGCAAAGUCCCUAGUGCCAGUGUAAGUGUGUUUGGAGUUUCUGCCAACUCAAUGCAAUGUUCAUAUGAUCAAAGAGGAAACAGUGUCCCAACAAUUCUUCUUACGAUGCAAAAGCGUCUGUACUCAGGAGGAGGUCUUCAGGCAGAAGGAAUAUUUCGAAUAAAUGCUGAGAAUGGUCAGGAGGAGUGUGUUCGCAACCAGCUGAAUAAGGGUGUUGUGCCACGAGGAAUUGAUGUUCAUUGUUUGGCAGGGCUGAUAAAGGCGUGGUUCAGAGAACUUCCUGCAGGAGUUCUUGAUUCUCUUACUCCAGAACAGGUGAUGCACUGCAACACAGAAAAGGAGUGCACUCAACUUGUGAAGUUACUUCCUCCAACCGAAGCUGCACUGCUUGACUGGGCCAUCAAUUUGAUGGCAGAUGUUGUGAAGCAUGAAAAUGACAAUAAGAUGAACGCACGCAACAUUGCUAUGGUUUUUGCACCCAACAUGACUCAGAUGGCUGAUCCUUUGACUGCGUUGAUUCAUGCGGUUCAAGUUAUGAACUUCCUAAAGACACUCAUCAUUAAAGCCCUCAGAGAAAGAGAUGAAGAAUCAGCUGCAGAUGCUAGAUUGUUUCCAUCAAGCAUAGAUUUGGAUUCCCCUACAUCGUCCAAGUCAAGCAAGGUGUUGUUCCACGGCCAAACUCUGGAAGGGGCUGCUGUGGGUAAUCUUUUCACAAGUGUCACUCUAGACAGAUUGGAAACUGACAGCAUGGAGGAAUACUGGAGCUUUCACAGCAAGGACGAUGCUGAAGAAAGGCACGAAUCCAUUUCGAGUAGGAGGAGGAGGAGGAGGAGGAGAAGGAGGAGGAGGAGGAGGAGUUUGGAAAACGGGUUGAGAGGUGAAUAUGAGGAUGAUGAUGGAGAAGGGGAAGGGGAAGAAGAAGGCAUAUUCGAUCGGCUAAGCCUGAAAAAAGGAGUGAGGAAACUGUGCAGGCACCCUGUGUUUCAGUUGAGCAAGGCAGUUUCCGUUAAGAAGACCGGAGCUGGAGGCCUUAGCAUUGUAAAUAGUAAUGGUAGGGGAGGAGGCCGGGAAGCAUGUGCUUAAAUGACAAGAAUUUAUGCAACUUUUGUGCUACAUGACCAUGAUGCUUGCUUUUGAGAACAAUGUUGUAGCAUAGGCAUACGUACGUGCGUGCUUUGUGUGUGUGCGCGUGUUGUUUGAUUAAUAAUUUUAGCUUGUUAGAGAAGUGUUAAUUUGAGGUUGGAGAAAUGUCUCGUCUCUGUUCUUUUAUUUUCAGAUACUGACUAAAAGAUCUAGAUAAAUGAGCAUAAAUUUAUGAGGAUUAUUGUCCGUUGUAUUCACAA